GGGGCUCCGAGCGGCCUCGGGUGGGUGCGCGGCUGUCGGCGCCGGGCACGUGGCGCGCUCGGUGCGCUGCUCCGCGCUUCGGGGCGUUCGGUGUCAGCUGGGGCAGACCGAGCCUUUGGGCUGUUCUCUUUUUUUCUUCUCUUUUCUUUCUCUGUGUUUGGGAGGGGAGGGGGAGCUGAAUUCGGAGCUCCGCUUUGCAGCUGGGCACUGCCCGCAGGCCGCGAGCUGAAGGGCCGGUGUGACGGGAGAGGAAAGCGCAGGGAUGGGUCUGUGGGGCUGCUGCUCCGAGGGAGGGUUUGACGAUCUGCUGCCAAGCACAGGCGGCGGCGGGACACAGGUGUCAAAUGGAGAAGUAGACGGAAUAAAACUGUGAGAGCAGCUUUAAAGGAGCUGUGAUGGGAGAGAGCGAUGUAAAAAUUAAUAAUGCAUUAAGUGGCUGGACUGCUUAUUGGGUACAACGGCAAAAAAGGGUCUCUGCCAUUGCACUGCAUCCCAGGGCGUGAGGAGGAAGUGCUGUGUGUAAUGCUGCACUAACGGCAGGGCUGGGCUGCUGCUGCGGGGCCAGGGGGGACCCAGUGCUGACGGAGCAGCGGCACUGGGCGCCCCGUGUCCCUGCACAGGGUGCAAGGCCGUGUGCUGCGAGGUGGUGCUGGGCUCCCCGUGUGCCAGGGCUGGGCUGCUGGGCCUCAGGGCUGCUUUGCUAGGCUUAAUGCGGACAAAAAGUGGUGGCAUUUUGUAGCGUUAUAACCAAGUCAUCUCUGGACUUGAGAACGUUUUGAAAACACACCGCCUUGUGUGUUGUAUGUAUAGAUUUAUGGUCAUUGUGACAUCUACCUGGCUUAUGUGCCAACUAAAAUACAGGGCUGUGCAACUGUUGUUUCCUUGUUGAGGGAGGAUGCGCAGGCAACGUGUUUUUUGGUCUGAUAUAUUAGAGAGAAAGUCACGGGGCUUAUUUAUUGUGUUAUUUGCUUAAAGCCAUUGUUGGAUUAAGUGUAUUUUGGGGGGCAGGGUAGGGUCUGAGCCCAAGGGUGCUGGUUUGGAGUGAGGCACUGGGAUUGAUGGGCAAAGCAGGGUGGUAUGUGAGCGAUUUGUAGCUCACCUGAGCCACAGAGCAGCAUGGAAGCUGUCCUGUAAGAGCUGCCAUCAGCUGCCGUGGGUGGAGUUGUGUCCGUAUGCCACCCCACAGCGCUGGCAUUUCACUGCUGCGGAGUGGUGCUGUCAUCUCCUCUGUUUUCCCAGCAGAUCCCCCUUUGAGUUCUCCCUGCAAAGCACUGUGAGGUGCAGCCGGGCUGUGUGCUGGAGGGCUGUGUGCUCAGCGUGGUGCCCUGGGAGCCUCCUGCAGCGGGCCGGGCCGCGUGCUGCCCUGCGCACACCUCCUGGCAGGCAGCCACGCUCCUCACCCUCACAGCAGCAAAGGGCAUAGCUUUGGGUCCUGUGAGCCAACAGGGCCACGGUUAAGAUCCCUUGUAAGGAGCACUAACGGAUCACUUUAGCUUGUGGAAGCAGAGACUUGUGGUGUUAAACUUCUCUGUGAUACGAUUAUCUAACUGCUGAAGGAGUCGUAACAGUUACUCAGAUCAGGCUGCGUGCAAAGGCUUUGUGGGUAAACGCGGCCAGAGGACGUUUCCUUCCCGUGUGGCGGCAGUCGGCGUGCAGUGCUGUGAGCGCGUGUUGGCCGGGCCAAGGAGACGCAGUGCUGAGCAGAAGGUCGGCCCUGAGGGCCCGCCCGACGCCGCGCCGCUUCGCCCCGCUCGUGCCGCCCGCACCGGCACCCAGAGCCGCCGCCACCUGUAACCGAGAGACGCUGCCCGGGCCGCCUCCGCGUCCCAGUAAAAGUUUGCCGGGAAAGCCGGAGCCUUCCGGCAGAGCGCGGCCAGCCGCCCCCGCCCGCUCCGAGCCGCCCGUGCCCCCCAGCGGCCGCUCCGAACGGCCCCGGCCCCGCCAUGGGGUGCUGAGCCCGCCCUCCCCCCUCCCCCCGUGCGGUGACCGCUCGGCGCCCCCGGCCCCAUGUGCCCCUAACGGAGCGGGAACCGCCUGGAGCCGCUCCGCCCGGCCCCGCUGCUGUGUUGGACGUUGACCCCGUAGGACCUAACGAUGGCCGUCAGCGUCACGCCCAUCCGCGACACCAAGUGGCUCACGCUGGAGGUGUGCCGGGAGUUCCAGAGGGGGACGUGCUCACGGCCGGACACGGAAUGUAAAUUUGCACACCCGUCGAAAAGCUGCCAGGUGGAGAACGGACGUGUCAUCGCCUGCUUCGACUCAUUGAAAGGGCGAUGUUCGAGGGAGAACUGCAAGUACCUUCACCCGCCGCCGCACUUAAAAACGCAGCUGGAGAUCAAUGGCCGCAAUAACCUGAUCCAGCAGAAGAACAUGGCCAUGCUGGCCCAGCAGAUGCAGCUUGCCAAUGCCAUGAUGCCCGGAGCCCCGCUGCAGCCUGUGCCCAUGUUCUCCGUUGCGCCCAGCCUAGCCACCAAUGCCUCGGCUGCCUUCAACCCCUACCUGGGGCCCGUGUCCCCAGGGCUGGUGCCGGCGGAGAUCCUGCCCACCGCGCCCAUGCUGGUGGCGGGCAACCCUGGUGUCCCGGUGCCUGCUGCCGCCGCUGCUGCUGCGCAGAAGCUGAUGAGGACGGACAGGCUGGAGGUGUGUCGGGAGUACCAACGCGGGAACUGCAACCGGGGCGAGAACGACUGCCGGUUCGCUCACCCCGCCGACAGCGCCAUGAUCGACACCAACGAUAACACCGUUACGGUCUGCAUGGAUUACAUCAAAGGGAGAUGCUCACGGGAAAAGUGCAAAUACUUCCACCCUCCAGCACAUCUGCAAGCCAAGAUCAAGGCUGCCCAGUACCAGGUUAACCAGGCUGCAGCUGCCCAGGCAGCAGCGACGGCGGCUGCCAUGACUCAGUCGGCUGUCAAAUCACUGAAGCGACCCCUCGAGGCAACCUUUGACCUGGGAAUUCCUCAAGCUGUACUUCCCCCAUUACCAAAGAGGCCUGCGCUUGAAAAAACCAAUGGUGCCACCGCAGUGUUCAAUACUGGUAUUUUCCAAUACCAGCAAGCUCUUGCCAACAUGCAGCUGCAGCAGCACACAGCCUUUCUCCCACCAGGCUCAAUAUUGUGCAUGACACCCGCUACAAGUGUUGUUCCCAUGGUGCACGGUGCUACGCCAGCCACUGUGUCUGCAGCAACAACAUCUGCCACAAGUGUUCCCUUCGCUGCAACAGCCACAGCCAACCAGAUACCCAUAAUAUCUGCCGAACAUCUGACUAGCCACAAGUAUGUUACACAGAUGUAGACAUUUUGUCAUCAAACAAUCAUCACUGAGGAGAAAAGGACAGUGUGUUUGGGUUGAGGAAGGACAAGUUCAUUAGCCAUAAUGUAUAUAUCGUCAAGCCACACUCGGAACCCCCUCAGCAGUAAGACAUCCACACAUUGCAUGUUAAGGAGACGAACGAGAACUUGGGAAUCCACUGCACACUGUUGCCUAUAUACUUUGUACAUUUAAUUGAUAUUUGUGCUGAGGUGAUCUUCUUGUCUAAGAACUACAACAUUGUCUAUCUUUUCUAGCGCAGGAGCGCGCGUACGCGCUCGGAUUCGCGUGUGCGGCCAAUUUCCUACAUAACCGUGUAUGUCACCUUGAAAAGACAGACUAUGGUGUAACCAUGAAUCUAUUAUGUAUUGGUACGUCUGUAGACCAAGAUAUAAUUUUUUAAAGUAAGUUUAUUUCUUUCAAGGUUUACAAAUAACAAAGGUGCACCUUGUAUUUAAAAUUGCCAUUAUAGAUGAGAGCGUGCAUGCACAGUAAUUUUUGUUUAAGAGUAAUAUUUUUAAUGUAAUGGAUUGUAAGAAGCGGUAAGAGAGGUAUCUGACAGAGAUGAAUGUGCCAAGCAAAACCACAACCGUGUCUAUUUUAAAGCACGUCGAUGGCUUUAAGUACCACAUUGUUACGGAUUCUCAUGAAGUGCCAUAGACUGUACAGCAGACCAGAGUGUUAUUUUGCAGUGUUAUUUUCAGAACCACGUUUUCGCUUACCUUGCUCGUACCGAUCAGUCAAAGGGCACCGUUCUGUUUCCAAACCAAAGCCGUCUCAGAAAUGGCGCUCGCUGUGCUGCCGGAAAGGGAAAAGCCAUUUCUGAGACGCGGCGACAAAUGUCUGAGGAACUACUUCUGCUUCUCUGCACAGCCUCUGUCAGAAGUCAAAGGACUCUAAACGCUCUGCAGACGGGCUGCGCCUUCCCUUCGCACAGUCACGCCUUAACUGGUGACUCUAAACUAAGGCGGCAGAAGCACUGGGUCAGAUGCAUGACGAACCAAAACAUGGCAAGGCGGAGGUGUUGAUUAGCGUAGGAAUCGGGUGGGUGAAUACUCGGGUGAGUUUUAUAUGUGAUUUUUUUGUUCAGAUUAACUGCUUAUAGCCUUAGAAAGCCUUUACAAAAUAAUAAUAAUAAAAAAAGAUAGAUGUGCAUUCAAGUUUUAAGAACGGAUUCAUCCAAAGGAAUUCCUCCUUGUGGUUUGGAUGUUGCAGCUCGUAAAGGGUAUUUUUGCUCUGUUCAGCAAAGUGCUGACGUGGGGGCCAGGGCACUGGCAGCACAGCGGGUGGAAGAAGCGCGGGUUCGGUUCUAGAACCUUCCAUACUUCCGAGUUUACGGCGAGUUUUUAUGCUUGAGAGAGAUGCUUUAUAGUAUAAGAAUGACGUGUUGAUUUUACUGAUUGUACUGUACAUCUAUUAAAGCCUUAGAUUAUUACAUUACGGGUUACAACCCAUACCAAUGUAAUUUCAAUCGUGUUAAGAAAGUAUAGGUGACUUCACAUGUUAUCGUAGUUACUCGACAUUAUAGACUAUUACUUCUUUUUUUCUCGUUAAAAGUGUAGUUUCUCCUCCUUACAUUUAUUAGGUCGUUUUCGUUUCCUAUGACCAGCUGAGUGCCGUUUCAGUUCCUGGGGUCGUGUUCGUUAGAGCUGAACUAGGAGAGCAGUUUCCUUCAUCACGUAACUCAGUUUGGACUUCGUGUAGCGUCAUCCGAAUAUUCGUACUCUUGUUGACAAAGGGUUUCUAUUUUGCCGAUUUAAUAUGACAAUGUAAGAAUGUCAGUCAUCGUUAGUUCUUGUCUAGUUCUCAUUGAAAGAACAAAGAUCUUUUAUAUGGAUAUCUUAUAAUUAUAUAAUCAUUGCUAAGUAAGGAGUUAAGUUGUUGCUAUGGCAACGAUCCUGGCAGACAAUUGAGUAAUAUUUUGAUGAUUUAUUUUGUUUGUAAUUAGUUAUUAUGAGAAAAUCUAGUUCCUAGAUAUUAGAAUAAAAUUUAUUUUCUACUGUAUCCAUUUCAAAUGUUAAAAUAUUGUUUAAAUAUUUUUUGAGAUCCCUGGAUAUCAGGCCUUGUUAUAAAUAAGCUGCAUAAUCGAUAGAUCAAGGGACUUUUUGUUGAUAAUCCAAAUACUCAAAGUUUACGUAACGAGAAUUAUAGCGUGUGUGUGCAAACUCGUGAGGGUUGAUUAUGCUGCAGUUGAGCAUGUGGGAACGUACCGGGAGAAGGUUGACUUUUUGCACUUCUGUAUAUAGUCAAAAAAGAGAGAAACCUGUAUAAUAGUAAGAUCUUAUUUUGAAUAAAAAUGUCUAUAAUUACAAGGAGUUUUGUUAAGGCUAAUAAAAUGACAGGCUGAACAAAAUUGCUUGCAAAAGUGGCACAGAGUUAGCACUCCAUACCCCUUCAAAAAAGUUGCUUUGCUUUAUGUGGACAGCUUGUAGUUUGCCAGGAUUUUUUCAGCUGGAAAGAUAUGCCAUCCUUCCGAGAUCUCAUGACUGACAAAAGCUCCACUGGUUCAAAUCUGCCUGAAAACCAUUGCGAAAAAAGGAAAAAAAAAAAAAGGAAAAAAAAAAAAAAAAAAAGGAAAAAAGCAAAAAAAAAAAAGCAGGUACUUCAGACCAUCAAGGUGAACCCAUGGAUCCAGUAUUCCGUACAUUACUCAAAAACUACUGCAUGUUUAAAGUAUCAGAGCUAUAGUAAAGGUAUAUACUACUCAGACCAGUUUCUGGCCAUUUCAGUGGUUUAUUGUUCACAAAAAAGAUUCUUCAAAACCGAUACUGACUUUCACAAAGAGUUGAAUCAUGAACAGGCAAACCAAACAGCACACCGUAGCUGUAGUUGUUACGUGAUUCUUUUUUAUUGCUGUAGUGGUGCUGUUCUUUUAGCAGGUGAAAAAAAAAAAGGUGCGCCGUUUUACCGUUCUGAUGGGAAGCACUCAAUGAACCUCGUGGUUGUCAAUGCCAAAGCUGGAAAGACAAAAGGCGGUGGGGCCGUUCCUUACCUCCCUCCGGUGCUGGGGCACAACGAGGGGUAAGCUGCACUUAUUUGCAACCCCGCAACUUUCAUCUGCUGAAAGGACAGAUGUGCUUGGUUUUACUAUUAUGUAAUCACAGACUUACUUUUGCUUGUAGUUGCUCCAAAUUAUGUACUCUGUCCUGGGCUGCAAUUUGUUUUUAUGCUUAUUUUAUUAUUACUGCUAUAGUUGACCUUGCUGUAUGGAAAAAUAAAGUGAAAUUGCCCUAA